UUAUUGUCAUUGUUUCCAUUACACUAUCUCGGAAGAAAUGGCUUCAGCGGAUAGGAAUCUCCUCAUCCUCAAUUUCCUAACCUUGGCUUCAUUGUCCCUAUUCUGUGCCGACAAAGCAUUUUGUAUUCGGAUUCCAGAUCGGGACUCCACCACGCCUCGGGAACUGUCAGAUCAGUCUCUGAAAACCGCGGUUUUCGCCCUCGGUAGUUUCUGGAGAUCGGAAGCUGUCUUCGGGUGCUUAAACGGUGUCGUUCGAACUACUUCUGGUUAUGCUGGCGGAUCCAAAAUCAAUCCCGAAUACAGAAGCUUAGGUGACCACGCCGAGUCUGUAAUGGUUGAAUAUGAUCCCAAGGAGAUUAAUUUCAGGCAACUUCUGGAGGUUUUUUGGUCUAGCCAUGACCCAAGACAGGUUUUUGGCCAAGGUCCUGAUGUAGGUCCCCAGUACAGGUCUAUUAUUUUUACGAAUGGGACUGAAGAGGCUAGAUUAGCUGCCAUGAGCAAGGAAAGGGAACAAACCAAGUCGCGGAGCAGCAUUUUGACAACCCAAAUUCAACAACUUGAAUCAUUUUAUCCGGCAGAACCUGAACAUCAGAAAUUUGAGCUCAAACGCCACCCGAUGCUUCUACAGCUGAUAGGAAACCUGCCCGAAGAUGAACUUGAGGUGUCUAACCUAGCAGCAAAACUUAACGGUUAUGCUGCAGAGCUUUGCCCUCAAAGGAUUCAAAAGCAGAUUGAUGCAAAGAUCAAUGGAAUUAUUAGGAGGGGUUGGCCUGUUUUAAGAGAGGUAUAGCUGAGACCAUUGGAGUUGUGCUUCGGAUGAAUGAAAUCAGUAUGUGCCUUUUCGGGCUGAGCAACUCGAUUUUGUGGGUUUUUUAACCUUAGAUGAGCUUAGCAUAGAUUUGAUUGUUUGGAUGGUUAAUUAAGUCGAAUGUUAUAGUAAUUCGCAGAGUAAAGCCUACGUUUUCGAUGUAUUAAUUGUUCAAUCUAUUUCGUAAGCAUAAAAAUAGCUCAUCAAAAGCUUUUCUUGUUUUGUUUUAUUUGCAGUGUAAUUCUCUUGCUAUUCAUGUCAAAAGGUUAGUUAUUCUUAUUGAUGUGAAGUCAAAUUUAAGUAAA